AGCACCUUUCACUGUAACAAUAUUUUCAAUAUUAUUUUCCACUCCUUUCCUUAUACAUCACAACCUUUUGUUUCCACUCUACAUUGAGCAGAGGUUUUGAUUCAACUGUCCAGUUACCCGCAGGUAUUUUUCCAGAUGUAAAGUUAAUUUUGAACCCAGCAAUGUGUAUCGGUACUUCAGAGUAUCCCUUUCUAUAUACAUUACAUUGCAUUGAGAGACAAAGUGGGUGAGGGAAUAUUGGACCAACUUCUGUCAGUGAAAGAUACAAGCUUUUGAGCUUAUGUGGCGCUCUUCUUCAGACUUGAAGAAUCGUGGGACCAACAUAGUUACAACUCUGCGAAUUACAUUACAUUGAUCAAUAGUGAUAAUCAUCUGCCCAUUCACCUCACUUUCUGGGUCCCAUGCACCUUUUCUCAUCUUGAUUUACCUAAAUAAUUGCACGUCACUGCAAUAUUUUUCCACCUUAUGGUUCAUUCCCUUUUCCAGAUCGUAAAUGAUAAUAUUAAGGGCACGAAUCCUUACAUGGAACAUUGUGGCUCCCUACUGUUAAUUUUUCACCAUCUUGAAAAUAGACUAUUCCUUCUCUUUGUUUUCUCUCUGUUUGUCAUUAUGUUAUCCUAAGGAGAACUUUACCUCAGAAGCCACACUGGGGAACAGUUCUCAUAACAUGGCCACUCAUGUGUCUUAGAGAUCUAUCUUUAAUUAUCAUUUCAAUAUGAGUAUGCCCUCAUUUUUACUGCUUUCCCUGCCCCACCCAGUGCCACAAAUUGCAGCCACCAGCCUUCCAGCCAAAGAAGACUCGAUGCAAUUCCAUGCCUGUCUUCACCUAACUAAUCCACUACUGCAAAGCACCUUUAGUGAACUUGGGGCACCACCUUUAUGCUUGUCCCGUCUGGGACAAUCUGAAAGUCAUGACCUUUCUGCAGUGGCCACCCCACAAAGUGAGGUCAUUAGGUUGUGAAGUUGGGUGAGCCAAUUUGUUUCAAUGUAGCUUUUGGGAUAGGUAGAAAGCAGAGAUGGGAACCAUUUAAUUCAACCCCUGUCAACAACAGGGACUCUCAGAAAACUGAACUCAGAUCCCAACCCUUCCUGGCUUUUCCCAUUCUUAAUGAUGUCCAUCCAUCUCCUCCUUUCUGCAGCAGACCGCACUGCUUCCUGCGUGCUUCCAGCCGCUGUUGGCCUGGGGAUGCUGUUCUCUUGUUUUGAUUGCAUGUGCAUGUGUCUCUCUCCCUGCAUGCAGAAUCUAUCCAAUUUCUAUCCAUUCCCCAUGACCGGAGCGCAAACACUGCUGAAUACCCUCCCCACAUUAGACUUGUGCUCCCAGCGUUUGGUUGACCAGUCAACCCUGUAUGGCAUGUAUAUGUUCAGUCUAGGUUACCAAGGCCUCGGCAGCGACUCCAUAGUUAAGGCUGCAUCGAAAUCUCUCCUUAAAUAUCUCGAUGGAGGUUGUAGAUGGUUUCUGUCUGAGGUGAUCUUCCCGGCUAGCGUGUGCACCAAUGUCCACACCCUUGAGCCGUGCGCCUGGGAGAUGUGCCUUCCUGGCAGGUAGGUGCAAGGAAACAUGAACCAGCAGGUCAUGCUCCUGGGCUGAGAAGGCAUGAGAAAACAGCAUCUGUGGCUGAGAUUAAGUGGAGCUCUCCUGCCAAAAGGCUGUAAUGAGCAUGUGCACCUUGAACUGUUUGUUUCAGAGGGAUGCUAGCUGACCUCUUCCUCCCCCACUGUCCACCCCCCGCUUCCUCUCCUUCACCAACUCCAGUUAUUAAGAAACCAGAGUUGGAGGCAGUGCUGAGCCAGAGAUGCAGCAACUCCCUGUGUUCCUCCUUGGGAUUUCAUUUUGCCAGGAUACAGUCUGGUAAAUUUGCAGCAGCCACCACGGAGAGAACUCAGGAACCCCCAUUGGACCCGCUGUGCCCCUUUGACGGAGCAUUCUGGAUUCAGAGACCCCCCCAGCAGGGGUGCUUUGCUGGCAUUCCCAAGCCUCCUGCCAUCCCGCAAGCUGCGCCUGCCCUAUCUCCCUCUUCGGCUGUUUGCUACAUGGAGAAUAAGAGCUGCAAAGGGGACAGCCUGCGGCCAGCUGUCCAGUGCAAACACACAGUCGAGAAGAAGACAAUGACUAACCCCACGACGGUGAUUGAAAUCUACCCAGACACCACGGAGGUGAACGAUUACUAUCUCUGGUCCAUCUUCAACUUCGUAUACCUCAACUUCUGCUGUCUCGGCUUCAUCGCCUUGGCCUAUUCUUUGAAAGUCCGGGAUAAGAAACUCCUCAAUGACCUGAAUGGAGCAGUCGAAGAUGCCAAGACAGCCCGGCUUUUUAACAUUACCAGCUCAGCACUUGCCACUUUCUGCAUCAUCCUCGUCUUCAUCUUCCUGCGCUACCCACUCACUGACUAUUAGAGCAAGGCCUGCAGCCGCUGCCGAAAUGCCUCAGUGCCAGAAGUGUCCACUGAAUUUCCUCCAGCAAGGACAUGAAACAACAAUCCAUCUUGACUGCAAAAAAUAAACACAAAGUAAACCCCACCAAGCAAC